AUGGACGUCACUUCCACCCUGCUACACAAAAGCGACCAUGUCGCAGGCGACCCAUCUGACGUCGUCCCGGGGGAGAGGAAGUUCUUCUUCUCAUCAAUUGGUAAAGCUCAUUUGAUAAACGUGCUCUAUGGGAUUGGCUAUACAAUACAAAUUGCUAUGCUACCCUACUUGCUGAUCAGCUCCAACGCCGGCAUAGAACACAAUGGAUACCUCUUGACCCUUUUUUCUCUACUCCAGUUUUUGGGGUCCAUGUUUUUUGGGAGACUCGCUGAUAUAUGGGGGGUGAAGAAAUCCUUCUACUUGUCCCUUUGUUCCUCCAGCCUUAUGUACUUAAUGCUGCCCGCGUCCAGGGCCACCUGGGCGUACUACGUGAGUUUCCUUCCCUCGUUCUUCAUGCAAGCUUUUCAAGCCUCCUCCUUAUUGGUGUGCCUCAAGACAGACAGCGAAAAGAGGACCGCCGCUAUCGGUUACCUGAACCUCAGUUACGGCAUGGGCAUCAUCCUAGGGAGUCUCAUCGCCGGCUUUAUGGUCAACUUUGUCGGUCCAAGAGGCAAUCUCCUCAUCGCACUGGGGUCACAAAUAGCAGCCUUGUACGUAGCGAAGACCCUGAGUGAAGAUCCGAAGCUUUUAAAACCAGUCAACUUAGGAGAAAUAAAAAUAAGGGAAAUACUGAGUAGCAUACAAAAUGAAUAUGUGCGUGUGUUAAAUCUUUUUCGGAAAACCUAUGGCAUCUGUUUGCUAAUUCUGUUUGGCUUGCUUCCAAUUUUAAUGACAAAAUUCGCUUUCGCCCCUGUUGUAGUAGACAUGUUUAAGCUGACCCCAUCACACACAUCCUACUUAAUGACGUAUGCAGGACUUUUAACGAUCAUUGCAGAGGGGCUUUUCGCACCUUACUUAAGUUCCAUCCUAGGAGAUAUGACCUGCUGCAAGUUUUCUAUCCCUUUAACGUUAGCUGGAUUCUUAUCCCUGUCUUUAUGUGGAGCAAAUGAAUAUCUCGUCCUUAUCUUCAUGUCCAUUCCUCUUUGUGGAGGGGCCUUGCUAUACAUAUGUGGGACUAGUCAAAUGACAAAGCGGGUCGAAGAAUCUGAGUUAGGAACUGCCAUUGGCCUCAACACGGCCCUUUUUUAUGCCGUCACCAUAGUGGCUCCAUAUAUGGCCUUCAAGUCGUACGUCGCCCUGGGGUUGGGCCUCUACUGGCUACUCUGCGCCCUCAUCUGCCUAGUCCUCACCACGUACAUUUUCGCCCUGGACAAAUCCACACUGCAAAUUUUUAAGGAGGACAACGACAGCCUGGAAACAAUGUUUUCCAGCGUCAAGUUGGCUUGGUAA